AUGCCUCACGCGACGCAGAAGAAGGCCCCGGAGGACGAGGACGAUGACUUCAACAAUGUGAUGCAGCAGCUCAACAGCUACGAGAACAACGGACCGUCUUUGGAUUUUCUGUCGCGCGACUUGGAUGUUGGCGAGAAGGCAGAUGAUGCGGUCGACUAUGAAGAUUUCGACGACGACGAACUCCCAGAAGAAGAGGCACACGCUGCUCCGGCCCUGCCUGCGGUGGACGACAAUGGCGAAGAUCCUUUCGCGAACCUGGGAUCCGAUGACGCCGCUCUUUUCGGGAACGGUAAUGAUAUAUUCGGUGAUCAGGCUGCGGGGGUUCAGAGACAAGACGAUAAUCUUGAUGAUCUGUUUGGUGAAGGCUCUUUUUCUCCUCCUCCUGCUGGACAGGAGGAUCUUACCAGUGGCCUCUUUGAAGAUGAGCAAAUGCCCUUGACCAAUGAGCCAGUCGAACUCCCACCCAUUCCUCCCGCGCCCGUCGCCCAGGCAGAACAGGUGCCCAUGGAUGAAGAUAUCCCGGACGAUUCCAGCAUCAUGUCAGACGACAUGGACCCCGCGACACUUCGCGCUUGGAAGCUCCAACAGGCACUUUUCGCCAUGUCUGGGCCCGAAAACCCACCUGCACCCCCAGAAAAUCGUGAAGAACUUCUGCAUUCAUUAUUUCCUUCGUUUAAUCGCAAUGAGCUCCCACGAUGGUUGGAGCUCAUUCCACACAAGAAAGCCAUUUUCAUCGGAAAACAGCCCACCAAGCCUCCUAAGCCCGUUCUUCCCACGAAAGUGAACAUUGAGCUCGCGGCGGAUCAGGAGCGUACAUUCCGAACUGGACAGCCCCUCAAGCGUGGCCUUGAUCAUGAUUCUCUAGGCAUCGUGAUGAUAACCCAGACAACACCAGAGGAAGAGGAAGAAGACAAAGAAGACAUUGAUAUGGGUGACGCAGAUGGUGAUGAUCCACUGCCGGGUGGCAUUACUAUGCAAGAUCUUCGAACCAUCUGCGCAGACUGGGAUAUGGUGGACAAUAUUCCCAUUGCCGAACCUGAAGAAGAGCCAAAAGAUGCCGCUUUCGACGAUGACGAGCCAGAUUGGCUCAUGGACGAUGAUAUGCCUAAGAAGAAGCGAAAGACUGGACCAAGCCCAAUGGACGUUAUCGCAAUGUCUCAUAUUGAUAUCCCGCUGUUGGAUGACCCCGAGCAGGCAACGUUGAAGAUUGCCAAGAGGGUCACUAUUGAUUUGAACGAUCCAAAUAUUCUCGUUGACGAGUCAAGAGCAGACGCUAUUGCAAACAAGCCGAAACAUGCUCCCCGAUCCAGAGAUGAAGUUGACUUGAAUUUGACGCGCCGUCUCACUUCACGUUACAAUAUCUCGAACGACCAAGCGUACGACAUGCUCAAACAGAACCACCAGAACAAGAUCCGCAGCACUCUUGGUAAUGUGACCCUCGAGCACGGUUUGCCUGCUCUCCGUUUGCAGUGGCCUUACUACAAGACUGAGCUGGCCAAGGCUGAAGCCCGAUCUUUCCACCGACCCUCCAUGGCCUUCCGGCCUGGACAGACUUCCUGGUUCAAGAACCCUGCCCACGUCAAGCGCAAGCAGCAACGCGGCAGAGAUGCAAAGAGUGUUUACGAUACCACCAAGGCAUUGUCCAUGGCAGACAACUCUAAUGUUUUGCUUGUUGAAUACUCUGAGGAGGUUCCCAUGAUGCUUGCCAAUUUCGGAAUGUGCAACCGAUUCAUCAACUACUACCGACGCAAGAAUAUUGACGACCCAACGCGCCCCAGAGCGGAGAUUGGUGAGACAGCUGUCCUCCUACCACAAGACAAGAGUCCGUUCUCUAUUUUCGGUCACGUCGACCCCGGCGAAAUUGCGCCUGCGAUCUCCAACUCCAUGUAUCGAGCACCGCUCUUCCCCCACCAGACAAAGACCACAGACUUCCUAGUGGUACGCAGCAGUACUGGGGAGGCUGGCAGCAGCUACUAUCUGCGCAACAUCGAGAACUUCUUUGUCGCUGGACAGCAAUUCCCCUCGGUGGACAUUCCUGGCCCGCACUCGCGUAAGGUGACCACUGUUGCCAAGAACCGCAUGAAGAUGUUGGUCUAUCGUCUGCUGAAGAAGAGUCCAGACGAACGACUUGCGAUCAGCGAUGUGACAGCUCAUAUCCCCAAUACUACUGAUAUGCAGAAUCGGCAAAAAGUCAAGGAUUUCCUCCAGCACGACAAAGAUACCAAGUACUGGAAGCCACUGGAUCCGGUUCUUCCAGACCAAGACACCAUUCGUUCUUGGGUGCAGCCCGAAGAUGUUUGUCUAUUGGAAUCCAUGCAGAUUGGUCAGCAACAUCUCCACGAUACCGGUUAUGGCAAUGAUGCGGAGACCAACAACGAAAAUGAAGAAGAUGAAGAGUUGGAAAGCUUUGAACAGCAGAUGGCUCCCUGGAAAGCGACUCGCAACUUCUUGCUUGCCUCUCAGGGCAAGGCUAUGCUGAAGCUUCAUGGCGAUGGUGAUCCGACUGGCCGUGGCGAGGGUUACAACUUCAUCAAGACCAGCAUGAAGGGUGGCUUCAAGGCUAUCGGUGAAAGUGUCGAAGACAAGCUCGAUGCGCAGCGACUCAAGGAGCUUGGCGGUCACAGCUACAAUGUUGCUCGUCAACAGAAGUCAUAUGAAACAUCUAUUCGUCGCAUCUGGGACGCCCAAAAGGCCAGCUUGUCUUCCACUGUCGAACACUCCGACCAGGAGAGUGACGUUGACCACGAAGAGGAAGAGGACCAAUACCAUAAGCCCACACCCCGAUCCGAGGCACCCACCCCAGGACCAUAUCGCCGUGACGACGAGACAACAAGUCAGUUCAGCAAAAUGAGUUUCGGAGAUUCUCGCGGCAAGGUCAUGCGCAUCGUUCGCCAGGUCAAAGAAGCAAAUGGCGAGAUCGUCGAGAGGGAGCAGCUUGUCUGGGACCAGCGUGUGAUCAGACACUACAUGCAGCACCGCCAUCGCAGCGCAGCUUUACACACCAAGCUAGAAUCUAUCCAGCCAACCGGCGACCCCGAAGUCGACGCCCGCAACCGCAAGCUGAUCGAAGCCGAACUCGGCCGUCUGAACCGCAACAAGGAGCGCCGCUUCGCUCGCGAGAAGCAGAAGGGUAUUCCUCGCGCCGGUGACCCGGAUGGCAAGCCCGCCGGUACCCAGCGCAAAUGUGCCAACUGUGGCCAGGUCGGACAUAUCAAGACCAACAAGAAGCUUUGCCCCUUGCUCAAUGGCACAAUGAAGCCCGAGGACCGCGUGACCGAUUCAGCUUUCUCCAUGAGUGCGCCGGUGCUUUGA